AUGAUAACGGCGACGUCGGGGACGGCAGCAGCGCGGAUCAACGGCAUUACGAUCCACUCCGCCUGCGGGUUCUCGAAAGAUCUCGCGGCAGCCGCAAACGCGGCCAAGGAUCUCGACGGGGUGCGACUGCCGAAACAGGCGGAGCGGUUCGUCGACGGGCAAUCCCGGAUGGACUGGCAGGAGAAGGACGUGCUCGUCAUCGACGAGGUGAGCAUGCUCGGGGCGCGGACGCUACACGCGGUGAACGAGCAGCUCUGCCGGCUGCGCGGGUCGCACCAGGAUUUUGGAGACAGCUCCUUCAAGGCCGAGACACGGCACCAGCACGACAAGGCGCACGCGUUGUGGAAGAGAUUCACGACCACGGUCAUGCUGGACGAGCAGGCCGAUCCGUGGGAGACGUGCAUCACCGUGGUGACGCCGCUGAACAGGAACCGGUGGAACCUCAACAUGGAGGCCAGCUUGGCGUUCCGGGCCCAGCAGCGGUCAGUGAUGCGCAUCUUCAUCUCGGAUCAUACGUGGAAGGAGGCCCUGCCGACGGAGGAAGAGGCCAUCAUGAUGCUGAACCAGGGCGACGACAGCGCGAUCCCGGUGCCGGCCGUCUUCAUGUUCGUGCCGGGGAUGCCGGUCGUCGUGAACCAUAACACCCAUCAGGGGCUAAAGCUGGUGAACGGCGCCGGCUACACGGCGCUGGAGGUCGUCCUCGACAAGUCGUACCCGGGGCAUCGUAUCACGGCAGACACGACGGUCCAUUUCGGGCCGCCGGCGGGGAUAAUGCUGGAGUCGGAGACGACGAACGACGUUCACUUCUGCCAGCGAAAGAGGCCGUGGCAGCAGAACGACGUCAGCCGAAAGGGCCUGCCCUCUGCGGGAACGCGGACGUCAAACAUCGACGGACGCGCCGUGUCCUCGCAGUGCGACCCGUACAGCCUGUACGUGCAGCUGUCUCGCUGCCCGACGCUGGACGGCAUUAUGCUGGUCUCGAAAUUGCGGGAGAGGGACCUGGUGGGCAACAAGGUGCCAGACGAGAUGACAGACGCAGAAGCGAGGCUGGGCCAGCUGAGCGACAAGACUGUCCGCGAGGCCUCGGGAUGGCUAGACGUUGAUUCCCUGGACUCUAAAGGCACGGGCCUGGACGUGUAG